AAACCAUCUGACCUGCAUCACAUGAUCGCAUUGCCUUUCAGUGACAGACAUUUUGAAAACAAAUUGAUGUCAGCAGCAGAGAAACAGCGAAGAUGCUGAUCCCUCAAGAAGGGCACAAUAUUUAGAAAAGCAAAGAGGCCUGGUACAGACUAAUAAGACACGGAAAUGAGUCGAAUGGCCUCUGUUGUUACAGUAAAGACAGAGAAGCGUCCUUCCCAUGGCUCUGAGGAUGGCGACACAGUGGCUAAGAAGGCUAGGAAGUUGUUGCCCAGCCUGAAGACCAAGCGCGCCCCUGAGCUUGUGCUGGUGAUCGGCACGGGGGUGAGUUCAGCCGUAGCUCCUCAAGUGCCCGCAUUGCGCUCCUGGAAAGGUCUGAUCCAGGCGCUGCUAGAUGCUGCCAAUGACUUUGAUUUGCUUGAGGAGGAAGAGAGCCGCCGCUUCCAGAAAAGUCUGCAAGAGGACAAAAACCUGGUGCAUGUUGCUCAUGACCUUAUCCAGAAACUUUCACCGCGGACGGGAAAUGUACGCUCCACCUUUUUUAAAGACUGCCUCUAUGAGGUGUUUGAUGACCUGGAGUGUAAGAUGGAGAACGCUGGGAAGCAUCUCCUUCGCUCCGUGCUGCAGUUGAUGGAGAGCGGCGCUCUGGUCCUCACCACCAACUUUGACAAUCUGCUAGAGAUCUACGCUGCCCACCAAGGGACCAAGCUGGAGUCUCUGGAUCUCACAGAUGAGAAGAAGGUUCUGGAGUGGGCUCAGGAGAAGAGAAGACUGAGCGUACUUCAUAUUCACGGUGUUUACACCAACCCCAGCGGCAUUGUACUGCAUCCUGCUGGCUACCAGAACGUUCUGAGGAACACAGAAGUCAUGAGAGAGAUCCAGAAACUCUAUGAAACCAAGUCUUUCGUGUUCCUGGGCUGCGGGAGGACAGUGGACGACACCACCUUCCAGGCACUGUUUCUUGAGGCGGUCAAACACAAGUCCGACCUUGAGCAUUUCAUGCUGGUGCGGCGAGAGGACUUGGGAGAAUUCAAGAAGCUCCGAGACAACAUGCUGGACAAGGGCAUUAAGGUCAUCUCGUACGGCAACGAAUACGCCGACCUGCCAGAAUACUUCGAACGACUGGCCAAUGAGAUUUGCAACCGGGAUGUGGUGACCAAUGGCUGGGGAUCUCCCAUCUCACAAGGCGAAGAAAGUCAAAAUGGCUUUACGACCCAGAAAAACCUCCUGCAAGGUUAG